AUGGCCACCACAAACACAUUUUCUGACUUUAAGCUAGCUAGUGAAUUGCCUGCAUGGGCUAAACUUCAGGAGCUCUACGAGAAGAAGGGCAAGACGCUUUCUUUAAAAGAGGCGUUCGCCACGGAUGAGCAGCGGUUCCAAAAAUACUCGCGCACAUUUUCGAACCACGAUGGCUCGAAGAUACUAUUCGACUUCUCGAAAAACCUUGUCGACGACGAAAUCCUGGGCGCGCUAGCGCAACUAGCGCGUGAGGCCAAUGUGACGCAGCUGCGUGACCAGAUGUUCAAUGGUGAACACAUCAAUUCCACCGAGGACCGUGCUGUAUACCAUGUGGCACUACGUAACCGGGCUAACAAGCCUAUGUACGUUGAUGGGAAAAACGUGGCGCCAGAGGUCGAUGCCGUUCUACAGCACAUGAAAGAGUUCUCUGAGCAAGUGCGUUCUGGUGCAUGGAAGGGGUACACUGGCAAGUCCAUCAAGGACGUCGUGAACAUCGGCAUUGGUGGCUCUGACCUGGGCCCUGUGAUGGUGACCGAGGCGCUCAAGCACUAUGCUGGACCAUUGAAGGUUCACUUCGUUUCGAACAUUGAUGGUACACAUCUUGCAGAGACGUUGAAGGAAGUCGACCCGGAGACUACUCUCUUCCUUGUUGCCUCGAAGACUUUCACCACGGCCGAGACUAUCACUAACGCAACUUCUGCGAAGAACUGGUUUUUGUCCAAGACUGGGAACAACCCAGCGCACAUUUCAAAGCACUUUGCUGCUCUCUCCACUAAUGAGACAGAAGUUGCCAAGUUUGGGAUAGAUACGAAGAACAUGUUUGGAUUUGAGAGUUGGGUUGGUGGCCGCUACUCUGUGUGGUCUGCCAUUGGGUUAUCCGUUGCCCUUUACAUUGGCUUUGACCAGUUCGAGGACUUCCUCAAGGGUGCCGAGGCCGUUGACAAGCACUUUACAAGCACCCCAAUUGAGGACAACAUUCCAUUGUUGGGCGGGUUACUGUCUGUGUGGUACAACAACUUCUUUGACGCACAAACUCACCUAGUUGUUCCAUUCGACCAGUACUUGCAUAGAUUCCCUGCAUACUUGCAGCAGCUAUCCAUGGAAUCCAACGGUAAGUCUGUUACCAGAGGCAAUGUCUUUGCUAACUACUCGACUGGUUCAAUUCUAUUCGGUGAGCCAGCCACAAAUGCUCAACACUCAUUUUUCCAGUUGGUUCACCAAGGCACUAAGGUUAUUCCUUCUGACUUUAUCCUUGCUGCUCAGUCUCAUAACCCAAUUGAGAACAAUCUCCACCAGAAGAUGCUGGCGUCCAACUUCUUCGCUCAGGCUGAAGCUCUAAUGGUGGGUAAGGAUGAGGCUCAGGUCAAGGCGGAGGGCGCUACUGGUGGUCUAGUUCCACACAAAGUGUUCUCUGGCAACAGACCAACCACUUCUAUCCUGGUACAGAAGAUCACGCCAGCGAACUUGGGUGCCUUGAUCGCAUACUAUGAGCACGUGACCUUCACCGAAGGCGCUAUCUGGAACAUCAACUCGUUUGACCAGUGGGGUGUUGAACUAGGUAAGGUUUUGGCCAAGGUUAUCGGCAAGGACUUGGAUACCACGGGUGAAACUACUUCGCACGAUGCCUCCACUAAUGGUCUCAUUAACCAGUUCAAGGCGUGGUUGUAG